GUAGUGAGUUAUGUAAACUAGGGUAGAAGUUAGUACAUAUUAAACGUCGAACGAAUAAUAAUUUCGAAUUAUAACCUUGAUCCUAUUAUCAUUAACAGGAAUUCAUAAAAAAGAAUGAUGGAGGAACCCUAAUUAUACACCAUAUUACAAUUAUUAGAUUAGGAGCCGUGUUAUUAAUAUCAUUAUUCGAUUAAUAAAACGUUAAGUUCUUCCAGAUGUUUGUAAUCUAAGAGCUUAGUACGAUGGUACUUAAAAGUUAAAUGCAUAAGGCUUAAUACCCAUGUUCAACAGUAGACGUAAGUACAAUAUUUGUUAGGCCUAAGACUAAUAACAGAAUCUUUGCCCUCAAUGUUAUUGUUGAUAAGCAGCGCUAAGUUACUGUCAUUAAUAGGCUGAGAUUGAUUUCACUAUACCUUAUUCUCUUAUCGUAAAACUUUAUAAAGUCCUUAGGGUAAAAAACAACAGCAUAAACCUCUUAAGUGAGUUAAGUUGAAGAAUCUUUCUAUGCAUGUAUGAAAUAAUUGAAAUGAUGUAAAGAAGGUUUAGUCAGAGUAGUCUCAGGUUCAUCCCAAGCAUUUAACUUUCAAGUUUCAGUUUGCAGAUAAUCAAAUCAUGUCUGGCACGACAAACGAACGAAGUCCAGCGGAAUCUCCCUCAUUGGCUCAUCGAAUGGCUUCCUCUAUUCGACCAGGGCAAGUCAACGGAAUUCAUCUAUCUUGCAGGCCUUCCCGCGACACCACUCAGUCAUGUAAACUUCCAGCUGAAACUGAUAGUUCAACAGUAACAACUACAUGUGGAUAUCACUACAUUGAGGAUCUAAGUAGAAAUUAUUUUCCACACACUACAGCAGCACAGAUACCAGUGUCACUGUUCCCCACCUUAAAUAUUUACAGAGAACCCUACCUUAGUGACAGAUCAAAUAUUCAUGUGGACCAACAGGUACGCUAUGUCCGACGCAGACCCAUUCUUCUGCCAUCGGGAGAACACACCUCGGCAAUGGAAAGAUUGCAAGCACUCAGGGUCCAACAAGAAGUAUUCCGAUACCAAUAUGAAAGAGAAACGAAUGUUCCUUUAGUCUCCAUGACAACUACAAGAUCUGAAGGUUUUGUUCCUCCUGGACAUUCACUUGCUGGUACAUCUGUGACUGGUUUUGACCAUUCAGUGGUCAGUAAGAGACCAAGAUUAGCAGUAGAAAUGAAACCUACUCUCCACCACCCCCUGGUCAUUGACACCAGUAAUGCUAGUGAGGAUCUGAUGUACAAUCCUCAGGUUGAGGCCAUUUCUCCAACACCUCCAGAAGAUACCAGAUUCCUAGUUUCUCCUCAGAGAUCAUCAAAAGAUGAUGUUCUUCAGUCGAUUAACAGGAUCAAUAGAGAAAUAGUUCAACUGGAUCAGCAGGUUACAAACUUGCAAAAAAAACAGCAUCAGUUAGAAAGAGAAGCAAGUCAGCCCUCUGAUAGCAGCGAUAUCUCACAAGAAACAUCAGUGUCAGAAUUGAAACAACUCAGUAGAGCUCAGUUAAUUUAUUCAGAUAACAAGAACAAAGCUCGGAAAGCCCAGAACUUCAUGGAGCAUUUAGGGCCUAAGAUAGAUCUGCCAUUGUACAACCAACCAUCAGAUACUGCUGUGUACCAUGAAAACAAAAGAAAGUUUAUGACCCUGAAAAAGAAGCUUAUCGUUAUUUUGUUGAAAAAGCAACAAGAAAGGCAACUCAGGGAGACUUUCCUGAUGGAAAAUUACACAAAACUGAUGCAGGAAUGGCUGAAGAAAAUUGACAAAAGAAACAGUAACGGGAACAGGAGAGCUAAAGAGACCAAACAACGGGAGUUUUUUGAAAAACAAUUUCCUGAGCUGAAGAAACAACGUGAAGACAAAGAAAGGUUCUCUAGAGUUGGACAGAGAGUGAAGAGUGAGGCUGAAAUGGAGGAGAUAUUGGAUGGAAUCCAUGAACAAGAGCUUGAAGACAAAAAAAUGAAAAGUUAUACUGUUAUUCCCCCCAUUCUUCUCGACCUGCGACGGAGGAGGAUAAAAUUCAUAAACAACAAUGGUUUCGUGGAAGAUCUUGUGGCUGAAUAUCAGCAACGACAUUUCCUCAAUAUGUGGACCAAUCAGGAGAAAGAUGUCUUUCGGGAGAAAUACUUACAGCACCUUAAGAAUUUUGUCUUCAUAGCAAGUCAUUUGGAAAGAAAGGAUGUUGCCGACUGUGUCCAAUACUAUUACCUUACUAAAAAAAGUGAGAAUUACAAACAACUGAUUAGGAAACAAUCAGCUCGAAAGAGGACUCGUACACUGGUUAAACCCUCCUCCUACGGUCAUUCAGCCACACAGUCCUCCAUCACCCCUACCACAGCCUUGACAACGACUGCUGGCAGGAAUGUGGGAGUGACAACAACAACAUUGACACCAUUGUUCUCAACUGCUUCCAGUUCCACACUUGAUAGUGAGGCUAAACAUGAAGAAGAUGUGGCUGGAUUAGUAAACGUCCAUGACUGCCAGUCUUCAAGUCUGAUGGCAGUAGUAUCUAGGAUGGAUUGUAGUAGUAAAGUCCAGAUCGAAGUUGGUGACAAUGAAGUUAUACAAAAAACUGACAAUAGUCUUGAGGAAGAAUACAAAGAUUUUCAAAGUGAAACCAGUCGUUGUGCUGUCUGUCAUAUUUUUCUUGACAACUUAAGCCAGUCUCAUCAUGCGACCAAGUCCAACUGUAAUAGCUUUGGGUUAAAAGGAACAGAUUUGCACGUUUGUUCAUCAUGUAACAUCAAGUCUACAAGAAGAAGCUGUCCCAUUCCAACUUGUAAAACAUCUAAACAGAAGUUAAAGCGAUUACGCUCAUUCCCCAGCAAGUGGGAUGAAGUAUCCGAACAACUAAGAGACUCGGUCGUUGCUGAAUUCCAAAUCCCACAAGGAGUUCAGGCAUGCUGUUGUGGGUGUUUUAACCGUAUUUCUCGUAAGCUAGGAAUACCAUCUAAGUCGAAAGAUACUGAGCUAGAGAAGUGGAGUAAUGAAGAAAUUGAACUAUUCAAAUGCGGACUGCGACAGUUUGGAAAAAACUGGGAAUCCAUACUGAAGAUGGUGACCAGUAAAACUAAGGAGGACUGCCAAUACUUGUACUUACAUUUUAAAGAGAAGUUGAAUGUAGAAGCAUCUAACAAAGGUGACAAACAGCUUGACGAAGAUCGGAUUAUUGAACGGAAACUCCAAGAUUUUGGGACAAAGGAUGAGGAUUCUGGAGAAAUUACAUCAAGCUGUGAAGAAGAUAACUGUAUCGAUAGGUGUAGCAGUGACACAGCCAGCGCUCUAAGUCCUGAUAUAGGUGAAGAAGCAGGUAUGAAGUCGAAAGAAGUACCAGAAACCAUUGACCAAAACAUGAACUUGAGAAAAUCUACAGACAGUUUGAAGAAUAGCCUUGACUACGAUAGCAGUGCCACGAUGAGUGCUGAUGAAGACCAAGGACAAAAUGGAUCUCAACUUCGUCGUAAAGAGUUAAACAGUAUAAUACAAAAUAUACUGGUUUCAGAUGACACCAUUGAGCCUAAAGAUCAUGUUCCAGUGACAAAAGCUUUAUCACCAAUCCCCGUUCCCUGUUCUCAGUACAAUGUGCCUGUUGGAAAAGGACCUUGUAAAGGAGAGCCCACUUGUGUUCGUGACUUGAUAUACCAAGCUAUCGAGUACAGUCUCCAAGCUCCAAAUAAAUCUUCCCACACAAGUACCCCGGUACCAGUUACUUCACACAGUAAGGGUUCAUAUAACUCUGUAGAAGUCAGGCAGGAGGAGAUUGAAGCUUGUCUAAGUAGACCCCCACAAGUAGUUCAUGGGUCUUCUGUACUACCUGUUUCUAUACCUGAUGCUGAAGGUUUGGCCAUGAUGGCACAGUUUUCACAGAUUCUUCUUCGAGAACAAAAUGAGGUACAAGAUCUCAGUAAGAAAGACAAAGAUCUAAGAAUUCCAACUCAAAGAAUCUCUUCUCAACUACCUUCAGGAUCUGGAGUACUUCACCAACAAAUUCCUUAUUCCCAAUAUGGUGCUCCACCUCCCGCUCAUUCAAACCAGUACAGUCGGUCCUCGCAACCUCCUCCAGAUAUCCUUCCACUCUCUUCACUAGAUGUUUCUCGAGAUACACACUUCAGCUGUCUAGGAAGAGCUGGUUUUGCUCAAUCGGACAGUUUGCAUUUACAGCCUCCACAUUUGGUUGCUCAGGCUUCCUCCCCAGGCCCGCAAACACGUAGGCUCACUGUUCCUCCACCACCAUCACCUUCUAUUAACAUAUCUCCAGGUCAGCAAACACUUGGACUCACUGUUCCUCUACCACCCUUGAUAACAAACAGCAAGCCAUCAAAUUCUAAGUUCCCUCAUAUAUCAUCUGGUUCCAUUACCCAGGGUACACCUCUCAAUCUGUACCCUAACCCUAACAUCCCAUUAAAUCCAUCUAACCAUGAAGGCCUUCUAAGGCCAAUUCAUCCUACACAACUUAAAGAUGUAGGUUCUAUAACACAUGGUACGCCAUUACAUGAUCAGAAAAGACCCAUGAAAUCAAAUUUUUGUACAGUAUCCGCUUGUUUACCGAUAUCAGGUACAGAAGGAGGAAGCAACAGAAGAAUUUCACCAUUCUCAACGGAAGUACUUUCCAAGACUGCAGUACCAAUGACGUAUGAACAAGUCGUCGAUCGGGAAUGUCACAGACUUACGUCCUCACCGUAUGCUUCUAGCCAAUCAGCCUACAAGAUCUCCUCCAACACCAUCAGAGCUGGUUUUGUCAGUGAUACUUCAAGCUCAAAGCAACUUAUGAUUGAUUUUAAUACUUCUAAACAGAUGAAUAGAGGAAGUUUCACAUCGGAUAAAGAGAGCAGUAAAGUUCAAUCUUCCAGAGAUUCUAGUCCUCAUCUACUACAACAAGACUCUGGGUUAUCCCAAGUGUGUGCUAAUGUGUCAUUUUCUGCACCAGAAAUUCAUGGUACUCCACUUUCAACUUCAAUGACGGAUCAGUCUCUUAGCCAUUCUCCAGAAAACCAGUGGGCUUUUCAUAGAAGGCAGCCAGACCUCCAAAGUUUUAAUGCGGCUCUAAGCCAGCCACUUUCAAGACAAAAUAUCAUCAGGAGCAUAACCUGGGGUACAGGUAAACCUUCAGUUAUUCAGGUACCCAAAUCAUCAUCUUCCUGUUCCCCGCAGUCCUUCAGUCCUGCUACUGAAAAAAACCACCUUCACCACACCCUGCCAGUCAUCCAGUGUUGGCCUUGUCUCAUGAUGACUUCAACACACUUGUAGAUACUGCCAUUGCUCAGCCUAGUUU